ACACAACCUCCACUCCCUCACUCUCUUCCUGGCAAAAUCUCCCUUUGUCCUAUCUCUGCCCUUUCCUUUUUCCCCCUUCCUUUACCUUCCAUUUCUCCCAUUGAGACCCUCUCCCUCAAUAGUUAGACCCCUUUACUUCAUUCCCUCAACCAAACCCAAAAAAACCCACUAAAAAAAGGAAACAGUGAGAAAGAAACAACUCCUCUGCUUUUCCCCUGCUCUGCUCUGCUCAAUCAAUCCUUUCCACAACAACUCCAACCAUUGCAGAGCAGCUCACCAUCUCUGAUCCCAAACUAUGAAUACCCAUUUCCCCCAAGUCCCAGCAUCCUUCCCCAGCUAAGGCAAAAGAUACCAUGACGAGCUCGAUCGCCAUUAAUCUCCCUUUCUUCACUUUCUCUCUCCUCCUUGCUCUGUUGUGCUCUGUUUCUUCCGCUCUAAACAGGGACGGUGUUCUCUUGCUCUCAUUCAAAUACUCCAUUAUCGACGACCCUUUAUCCGUCCUCCAGACAUGGAACUACGACGACGCGACUCCCUGUGCCUGGACCGGAGUCACCUGCACCGACCUCCGAGUCACCGAUUUGGUCCUUCCCAAGAGCCAGCUUCUGGGCUCGAUUUCUCCCGACUUGGGCCUAAUCGAGCGCCUCCGCCACGUUGAUCUCUCCAACAACUUCUUGAACGGCUCGCUGCCUGAUUCCUUCUUCGGCUCGAACGAGCUGCAAGUGAUUUCCCUCUCCGGGAACGAGAUCUCCGGCGGACUGCCGGAAUCAAUCGGCGGGAUGAAGGGUUUGCAGGUGCUGAAUCUCUCUGACAAUGCGUUGGCGGGUAAUGUGCCGAGGAAUUUGAGUGGUCUUCAGAAUCUGACCGUUCUCUCACUGAAAGCUAAUUACUUCAGUGGAUUUGUCCCGAGUGGGUUUGGUUCCGUCGAACUGCUCGACUUCUCUUCCAAUUUGUUGAACGGGUCUCUGCCGUUGGAAUUCGGAGGGGAGAAGUUGCGGUACUUGAACCUAUCUUACAACAAGCUCACCGGAUCAAUCCCGCCGGAGUUCGGAAAGAUGAUUCCGGAGAAUGCUACCCUCGACCUCUCGUUCAACAACCUCACCGGAGAGAUACCGGAGGCUGUUUCGCUGUCGAAUCAGAAAAUAGAGCAUUUUAAAGGGAAUGUGGAUCUCUGCGGGAAGCCGCUCAAGAACCUCUGCUCGAUUCCUUCAACUCUCUCGUCGCCGCCCAACGUUUCGACGACAUCUCCAGCUAUCGCCGUGAUCCCCAAGCCGUUAGAGUCCUCGCCGGAUUCAAACUCAUCCGGCGACCCGAACCCGACCAAAACCCAAGCCCAAACUCAGAACAACGGGCUAAAACCAGGCACAAUCGUCGCCAUCGCCACCGCUGAUUUAGCCGGAAUAGGGGCCCUAGCACUCAUCAUCCUCUACGUCUACAAAAUCAAAAAGAAGAAGGCUGCCACAGCCGCCGCCGCUGCCGCUUCGACUGAAUCCGGCGAAGGAAAGCCCCCUAGCAAACAGAGCAAAAAUAUACAAAUCCCAUCGGAAUCCAUCAUCAUCAGCACAUCGCUCGACGAAGAACCCAAAAGACGGUGGGCGUCGUGCCUGAAGGGCAACAUCGGAGGAGGUGAAACAUCGGAAUCGGCGAAUUCGUCUUCCGACAGCGAUCGGGAAGACCGGAGCAGUCCACAGAGACUAGGAGGAGCCGCCGGGAGCAAUAGCGGCGUCGGAGGGGGAAAGCUGGUGAUGGUGGACGGGGAGACGGAGAUGGAGAUGGAGACGCUGCUGAAGGCGUCUGCGUACGUUCUGGGCUCGAGCGGCGGAGGGAGCAUCGUGUACAAGGCGGUGCUCGCAGACGGCACGGCGUUCGCCGUGAGAAGGAUCGGGGAGAUUAGCGGCGGAGCGGCGGGGAAGGGGAUGAAGGAAUUCGAAGGGCAAGUGAGGGCGAUCGCCAAGCUUCGGCAUCCGAAUUUGGUGAAAGUUAAAGGGUUCUGCUGGGGAGAUGAUGAGAAGCUCUUCAUCUCUGAUUACGUCUCCAAUGGCAGCCUCGCCACUUGUGGUUACAGGAGGGUAGGAGCAUCGCCAUGUCAUCUACCACUAGAAGUCCGGCUGAAGAUAGCAAGAGGGUUAGCCCGAGGGUUAGCCUUCCUCCACGAGAAGAAACAAGUCCAUGCCAACAUCAAGCCUAGCAACAUCUUGUUAAGCCAAGACAUGGAGCCCAUCAUCUCCGACUUGGGCCUGGACCGGCUCAUAUACGGCACCAGCAAGGCCGGCAACGGCUCCUCGAGCCGACACUUCGGUAGCAGCCAGAGGUCGAUGGUCGGUACGACGACGUCACUGGACAACCACAUGAUGGCUGGUACCGGUAGUAAUGUUAAUGUCGCCAACAAUAAUGGUAUGAUGAUGGCUGCCAGUCCCUACGCCACGCCCAACUCUUCAGUCGUUGCGGGUCCCUCACCGUACCAGGCGCCCGAGUCCCUGAAGAACUUAAAACCAAACUCCAAAUGGGAUGUCUACUCGUUCGGGGUCGUGUUGCUGGAGCUCCUGACGGGGAGGGUGUUCACCGAGCGGGAGCUGAGCCAGUGGGCGGCCACCACGUGUUCUGAGGAUCGGAGCUGGGUGUCCAGACUGGCUGACGUGUCGGUCCGGGGCGAGGUGGAGGCGAGGGAGGAGGGCGCCAUGGUGGCAUGUUUCAAGUUAGGGUUUAGUUGUGCUUGCCUUGUGCCACAAAAGAGACCGUCCAUGAAGGAAGCGGUGCAAGUGUUGGACAAGAUCCCUUCCCAUGCCCACUACUACGCCCCUCACUUUGUUGUUCAAAGCUAAUUGAUGAUGAGUUCUGAUUUUGGUACGUGGGACCCAUUUGAAAGGAAAUGAAGAAAAUAAUGUGUCACAAUGCAAUGUUGUUUAUCUUAAAGGGUUGUUUGGCUGUACCCUUUCUCUUUUUCUAAUGCUUUGUUGACCUUUUGGAGAUGUUGGGACAAAGGUAGAAGGGAGGUAUAUUUGGGGUAUCUAAUGUGUUGAAAGUGACCAUGUUCUUGUUAAUUUGACCAUAUGAUUAAUCAAAUCUUCUUUGUUACAAAAGA